CCAGCGCUGCAGCUGCCCCUGGUGAGCGAGGGGGGUCGGGGGGGGCCCCCCGAGAGCCCCCAGCCCGCGCCCCCCCCCCGGCCCCGCCACAUGCUGGGGCUGCCCCCGCCCCCCUUCCUGGUGCCCCGCAGCGUCGAGAGCAUCGAGAUUGAUCAGAAGCUCCAGGAGAUCAUGAAACAAACGGGUUAUUUGACCGUGGGGGGGCAGCGGUACCAGGCCGAGAUCAACGACCUGGAGAACCUGGGGGAGAUCGGCAGCGGCACCUGCGGGCAGGUGUGGAAGAUGCGAUUCCGCAAGACCGGGCACGUCAUCGCCGUCAAGCAAAUGCGUCGCUCGGGGAACCGGGAGGAGAACAAGCGGAUCCUGAUGGACCUGGACGUGGUGCUCAAGAGCCACGACUGCCCCUACAUCGUCCAGUGCUUCGGCACCUUCAUCACCAACACGGACGUGUUCAUCGCCAUGGAGCUCAUGGGCACCUGCGCAGAGAAGCUCAAGAAGCGCAUCCAGGGCCCCAUCCCCGAGCGGAUCCUGGGCAAGAUGACGGUGGCGAUCGUGAAGGCGCUGCUGUACCUGAAGGAGAAGCACGGGGUGAUCCACCGGGAUGUCAAACCCUCCAACAUCCUGCUGGACGAGCGGGGGCAGGUCAAGCUCUGCGACUUCGGCAUCAGCGGCCGCCUCGUCGACUCCAAGGCCAAGACCCGGAGCGCCGGGUGUGCUGCCUACAUGGCG